GAUUCAGUGAAAGGAAUAAAAUAGGAGCGUAAAGUAACAUUAUUUUACGCAGCCAUAUUUGUGUGUUCAUUGUAUGGUUAAUUGAUCGUUGUUUUAUUAAACUGUGUCGUUACGUGUUAAUGGUUAAAUUAUUUUAAUUGUAAAAAUAAUAAUACAUAUUAUUUAUUUAAUAAUAAAUAUUAAAUCAAUAAUUAAUUAAGAAGAUAGAAUAAGAAUAUAAUUGUAGGAAAAAAAAUUCACCCACAUUUGAUUACAACCAGUAGGUCGACGAGUGGGUUUCAGUUUGUCUGAAUAUUUGAUUCAGGCAUGUCGGAAAGUGAAGCCGUUGCAUCCCAACAAAAGCAGCAGCAGUCACAGCAACAGCAUUUUAAUCAACAGUUUAAUCCCAACCCGAUGGCAAACAUGGUUUGGCAGUAUCCUCAACCAGCUAACAUGCAUCAAUAUCAAGGUUUUCCAAACAGCCAAAUGUAUCCCCAAGGGUACAAUCCUCAAGGACAAAUGUAUUACUAUCCUCCAGGAAUGAUGACAGCAUACGGACAACAUUUUAAUGCUCAACAGAUUCCAACUCAGCAGCAGCAGCAGCAGAAUAUUCAGAACAAUCAGGGUAACAAACCACAGGGACUUCAGCAGCAGCCGCAGCAACAACAGCAGCCGCAACAGCCAAUCCAACCGAUGGUUUUAGAUGAUGAUGCCGAUCUUCCCCCCUUGCCUCCAGGACCGCCACCUCCUACUCAACAACCAUCUCAACAUAAUAAUCAAACUCAACCUCCAUUACAGAAUCAGCCUCAGAUGUUUAUGUACUAUCCUUCAAAUUACGGUGGAUGGGCCGAUCAAAAUGACAUGUCACAGUUCAACAAUGGACAGCAACAGCAAGUGAGAUUCAACCCUCCAAACAAGAAAGCUGGCGUUGGUUCCGUGCCAUCCGGUAACAGCGGAGCAGCUAAGAAGAAGAGACGGAAGAAUAAAUUCGUGACGGUUUCUCAAGGAAAUAACAACUCAUUUCAGGCAAAUAAUGUAGUCACAACUUUUACCCCGGGUACAGAUAUAAAACCCGACAGCUUACCUCCGUUGCCUCCCACCGAGGAUAUCGCGGCACUUCCAAAAUCAGUCCCACCAGCAAUUAAAAUCCCCGACGUUCCGAUAGUUCCGGCACCAACUAGUAACACGACUCAACCCACAAGCGUCCAUCUGUCUCAAGUUAACUCAAAAAAAUCCACGGUAGGUAGCAUCAACUCCUCCACGAACAGCAACACUUCUACUACUGGUGCUCCGGUAACGGGGACGAACUCCAAUCCUGUGGGUGACUGGCCCGAUAGUUUAAAGAAUUACGUAAAUCGCUGUUACGAAAAAUGUCAGACGGCUGUUGACAAGGAUCAGGUUGAGAUUAUUUUAAAGGGUAAAAUAACACGCGCGGCUAAUGACGGCUCGCUCUGGAUCAAGGACUGGGACAAAGAACCUCUGCCAAGUAUUCACAGCGAGCGUAUGACUAUGACGAUAAAAGCUAAAAACCCAAUCGUCAAAGCCACUAACAAUUCAUUGACAAUCACAAUGAGCAAUAAUUUACGUAGGCCAGGCGGCCUCUCGACGUCACUUGGUGCACGUCUAGGGGCGCGUCUAUCAGCAGCAGGGCACCCAAGAUCCAAGUCACGCACGCGAUCUAAAUCAAAAUCAAGGUCGCGUUCGCGGAGUAUUAGCCCACCGUCACGUAAAUACCGACGUAGCAGUUCCUCAUCCUCUAAUACGAGUGAUCGUGGUGGUAGUCAUGAUUACAAAUCGUCGUCGUCAAAAUCCUCUAAAAAAUCUAAUAAUCGAAGCAAGGAUAGUCAUAGCGCGAAAAAAUCUAAGAAGAAUAAACAACCUAAGUCACAUUUCUAUUCUGAAUUUGGUUUAGCUUCAGGCAAUGCUGAGGAAUUAGGCUCGAAAGAAAAACUACAACAGCGGGCAGCUCGUUUUAAUGAUUCAAUUACCAGGACAGUUGUUGUUAAAGAUGAUACAGCAGACUUUGAUUUCACAGGAUUACAUAUCAUCGGUACAUGCAAAGACCUUGAGAAACCUUAUCUCCGUCUUACCUCUGCUCCAGCUGCAUCGGCAGUACGACCGGUAAGUGUUCUUCAGUCUUCUCUGGCUCACGUGAAAAAGCGCUGGGUGUCGGAGCAAGACUACAGAUACGCGUGCGAUCAGCUUAAGUCAAUACGUCAAGACUUAACAGUACAAGGCAUCAGAGACUCGUUUACGGUACAUGUUUAUGAGACUCAUGCUCGUGUUGCACUUGAGCGUGGAGAUCACGAGGAAUUUAAUCAAUGUCAGACGCAGUUACGGAUGCUUUACCAAGAUGUCGGUGGCGAUAACCGUUGCGAAUUCGUAGCUUAUCGAAUCCUCUACUACAUCUUUACUAAAAAUACGCAGGAUCUCACUACGAUAAUGGCUGCUCUGACAAAGGAUGACAAAAAAGAUGAGUGCAUAAAACACGCACUUAAAGUACGAUCUGCAUGGUGGCUGGGUAAUUUUCACGUUUUCUUCAAACUAUAUAAAAUCGCACCGCGUAUGGCGGCAUUUCUAAUGGAUUGGUUCAUUGCUCGUGAGCGGAAAAACGCUCUGAAGACCAUGAUUAAGUCCUAUCGGCAAAAUUUGGCUGUUGAUUUCAUCAUUACGGAAUUGGCGUUUCAAUCUUUGGACAAGUUUUAUGAAUUUGUCAGUGAUUUUGGUCUUAUUUAUGCCGAUUCCGAGCGACGGCUCCUUGAUUGCAAGGCGAGCAGUAGUUGUUUAGGUGGUUGGUAAAAAAAAAAAAAAACCAACAAAA